AUGAAGUUACUGAAGGAGAGAAACGUGGAUACUGUCUUGAUUCAAGAAAAAAAGAAGGAAGAUUUAUUAGAAACAGAAGUCCAAGCAAUGUGGGUUAGGGAUAGAAUGGAGUUUAUGGCUAUGGGCUCGAAUGGUUCAGCUAGAGGGCUUUUAUGCAUUUGGGAUCCUCUGAAAUCUUGGAAGGAGACUGAGGCAGUUGGUUGGGCUGGGUUUAUACUUCUCAGUAAAUUAAAAGCUUUGAAGCAGGCAGUUAAAGAAAAGGUAUGGAGGCUAAAUAAGAUAAUUGAAUGGAUAUGGUUGCAAAACUUAAGGUUGAAUUGGGCACUGAAAGAUGAUAGAAAUACCAGAUUCUUCCAUGUGGUGGCUAGGUCCAGACAAAGUAGAAAUGAGUUAACAUCCCUUACAGUAGGGGAUUCAAUGAUUGAAGAUCCUGCUCAGGUGAGGAACGAGGUUUUUGAUCACUUUAAGAAGCAGUUUGCUGAGGAUUGGGUGGUUAGGCCCAAGUUAGGUGGUCUAUUCAAAUCAGUUCAAUAUAGCCCUCAGUUUGCAAUGUUAGAAGCAGAGUUUUUAGAGGCAGAGAUUAAGGCAGCUGUGAAGGAUUGUGAUGGUAAUAAGGCUCCAGGACCAAAUGGGUUCAACCUUCUUUGUCUUCAAAAAUUCUGGAAGGUGAUGAAAGGUGAUCUGAUCUCUUUUAUGAAGGAUUUCCAUAAGAAUGGCAGAUUGGUGAGGGGAUUGAACAGUUCAUUUAUCACUCUUGUUCCUAAGAAGGAGAACCCUGUGGGACUUUCAGAUUUUAGGCCUAUUAACAUUGUCGGAUCAGUGUAUAAGGUUCUAACUAAGGUACUCUCUAAAAAGCUAAAAAUAGUGUUUCCUUCUAUGAUCAGUGAAACUCAAUCAGCCUUUCUUAGAGGGAGAAACAUUCUUGAUGUUCUUGUAAAUGGUUCUCCUACAAAUGAGUUCUAUCCUCAAACGGGUCUUAGACAGGGUGAUCCAAUGUCCCAUUUGCUAGUUAGCUUGGUAGCCAAGGGAUUGAAUAUGUUAUUAACAAGGGCCUAUCAAAUAGGAAUUAUUAAAGGUGUAAAGAUAGGUAUAGGGGGUGUGGUGUUGUCCCAUUUACAAUUUGCAAAUGAUUCCUUAUUUUUGUGUGAAACUGAAGAUGAGGAGGUUAAAAGCUUGAAGAGGAUCUUAAGAUGUUUUGAGGUGAUAUCUGGUUUGAGGAUAAAUUAUCAUAAAAGUCAGAUUUGUGGAAUGGGUGUCCCGGAUGAAUCUUUGGCUAGUUUUGCAUCUAUUUUGAACUGGUCUAAUAGUACUCUCCUAGAGUAUUACAUGAAUAACUCUCAGAUAAAGAUUGGGAAUGGGUUUAGUGUUCGAUUCUAG